ACUUAACAAAGUUCAAAGUUAAUAAUUUAAUUUCUUUCCAUAACCUUCGAACACAUUAGAAAGGUUUAGGUCUGAUCAUCCCUUUUCCUGGUUAGUCCUGUUCUGUUUUUCCCCUUCAUCAAAAACUUUUAACUCCUUUUUAUGUUUAAAAUUACCCACAUAUUUACCAAUGUCUUUUCAUACCAUUCCUUUUUGCAUUUCAGAUCUCCUGUUUGGAUCAUUUUUCUUUAUGGCCCUUAAGUGAGAGCCUGUUAUUGGCCAACUGUCUCAGUUUUUGUUUGUCUGAAAAUGUAUUUAUUUUACCUUGGUUCUUAAAAUACAUUUUAAGCUAUAAAAUAGAUUGACAGCUUUUUUCUUUAAGCACAUUGCACAUUGGCUAUUGUUAUUCAGUCUUCUGUUGUUGCUAAUGAGAAUUUAACUAUUAAUGUAAUUGCUAUUUGUUUGAAAGUCAUCUGUUUUUUCUCUGGCUAUUUUUUUUUAUCAUAUAUUUAUUUUAAUGUGCUUUGGCAAAAAUAUGUACACAGCCAGAAAACCAUGUUUUCACAGCUAUUAAAGCCUAGGAUGCAAUCUUAGUUUGACUAAAAGAAGUACAGUCAAUUCAAACAAAAAAUAUUAGGUAAUUAAUAUCUAAGUGGCAUACAAAUAGAGCAAUCAUGGUAUAGUAGUUAUCUACUACAACUGUAAAAAAUUGCCACAAACUUAGUGGCUUAAAAUAACACAAAUUUAUUAUCUGGAGUUCAAAAGUCUAAAACUGGGUUGCCAGGACUUCAGUCCUUCUGGAGGGUGUAGGGAAGAAUCUGCUUCCCUACCCUUUCCAGCCUCUAGAGGACACACACACACACACACACACACACUCACCACACGCAUUCUGGCUCAUGCUCCUCUACAUCUUCAAAGCCAGCAAUGACAUCACUCUAAUCUCUGCCUCCAUUGUUAAACCUCCCUCUCGUUCUCUCAGCUUUUGUUGUCUUAUCACCUUUUCUGACUUGGACCUUCUUGCCUUCCUCCCUCAUGUAUCCUGGGAUCACAUUAGGCUUACUGGACAAUCCAGGACAAUCUCUCCAUCCCAAGAUCCCAACCCAGUUACAUCUGCAAAGUACCCCCUGCCUCUCAAGAGGGUACUGGCAGUUUUUAGUAAAAUCUGUUUUUCACUGAUAUUCUGCAAUUUAGUAUGAUGUGUCUCAGUAUGAAUUUCUAUUUAUUUAUCCUGCUUGUAACUUGUUAGAACUUUCUAGAUCUGAAGUUUGAUGACUUCUAACAAUUUUGCAAAACUCUCAGCAUUUGUAUCUUUAAAUAUUGCCUCUUCCUCUAUUAUGUCCUAAUGUAAUUAUGCCCUAAUAUAAUUCUGAUUAGACUUAGUUCUUCUCACUCUCUUUGUCUCUUAACUGUAUUGCCAUAUUUUCUGUUUCUCUGUGCUACAUUCUGAUAUCAGUUCCUUAAUUCUCCUUUUAGAGUGACCUUGACAACAGAAGUUUCAGUGGAAUAAUCAGAGGCUGGAUUAUACUGGUUUGAUGAAAGAAUGAGAGUGACUGGAUGGAUGAUUUUAAUGAAGUUUACUUCCUAUCCCCACCCUUCCACCCAGUGGAAAUCCUCUGAUGUUGCUGCUCAGGGAGGUACAGUUUUGGUCUAUUGAAGACAAUGAAGUAUAUUUGCCUAAUGAUGAAAUUUGGACCUAUGAUAUUGAUAGUGGGUUGUGGACAAUGCACCUAAUGGAAGGAGAGCUCCCUACAUCAAUGUCAGGAAGUUGUGGCGCUUGCAUUAAUGGAAAGCUGUAUAUUUUUGGAGGAUAUGAUGACAAAGGAUACAGCAAUCGACUUUAUUUUGUUAAUUUGAGAACAAGAGAUGGAACAUACAUUUGGGAAAAAAUCACCAGCUUUGAAGGACAACCACCUACACCACGUGAUAAACUUUCCUGCUGGGUAUAUAAAGACAGGUUAAUAUAUUUUGGUGGUUAUGGGUGUAGGAGACACAGUGAACUCCAAGAUUGUUUUGAUGUUCAUGAUGCAUCUUGGGAAGAGCAGAUAUUCUGGGGAUGGCAUAAUGACGUCCAUGUAUUUGACACAAAGACAUGGACUUGGUUUCAACCAGAAAUUAAAAUCUGCUUGCAGGGUGGAGUUCCACCACAGCCACGAGCCGCGCAUACAUGUGCAGUUCUUGGAAAUAAGGGCUAUAUCUUUGGCGGACGUGUUUUGCAAACUAGGAUGAAUGAUUUGCACUAUCUAAACUUAGAUACCUGGACUUGGUCUGGAAGGAUUCCUGUUAAUGGAGAAAACCCAAAACAUCGGUCAUGGCAUACUUUAACCCCAAUAGCUGAUGAUAAGCUUUUCCUAUUUGGUGGACUAAGUGCAGAAAAUAUUCCAUUAAGUGAUGGUUGGAUUCACAAUGUCAUAACAAAUUGUUGGAAACAACUUACACAUUUACCUAAGACAAGACCCAGGUUAUGGCACACAGCCUGUUUGGGAAAAGAAAAUGAAAUAAUGGUAUUUGGUGGGAGCAAAGAUGAUUUACUUUCUUUGGAUACAGGUCACUGUAAUGAUCUAUUGAUCUUUAAAACACAGCCUUAUUCACUACUCAGGUCAUGCCUUGACUGCAUUGGUAAAAAUGCUAUCAUUUUAGAAAGUCAGAUAUCUUUAUUACCUCCUAAACUUCUACAACAAGUACUCAAAAAAAUAACAUUUUGGACUGCAGCUAAUCACCGAGAGGAACAAAGAGUUCAAACAGAAGAAACAGAAGAUAAACAUCAGUGGAUCAGUAGCAAUUAAGUUGUUAUAUGCUCUAUGUAUUUAAUGUAUUUAAACAUUUUAAUCCAGUUAUGAGUUUUACACCCCCCUACCCCAAAUUUGAGGCUUUAUUUUGAAGAUAAAAUUUGAAACAAAUA